CUAGUUUCUGCCAAAAAGAAAAUAUUAUUGCCAUGAGACUGCCAUACAACAAUAUUUAUCCAAGUUGUGGGUUUGGUUGGUUAUAAAAUUCAAGUAGGAGGAGCAAAAGAUGAGGGAAAAGAAAUUAACCCGACAAUUCAGAGAGCCACGAAUGUUGUUUGACCUACGUAUAUCAUGAUAUCAUAAUCUUCAACGGAAGUGAGAGAGAAGAAAACCUUUCGACGUGCCUUGCAAAAAGCCUUGCUGCCUCCCUAUCUAACAACAGAACCAAAUAUCUUAAAAAGAUGUCUCUCUUAUAAUAUGUCAUCAUGAUCUAUAGAAAUACAUAUAAAGAUGUAGAAUACAUGUGGCAGAUUAUAAUCAGGGGCGUGUUUCAGCUUCGAUCUAAUAGUAUAUCUCGAUCCGCUGAUGUCAUUAUUAAUAGUUCACUGCAAAUCUGAACUUUGAAGAACGUAAAUCUAAUAUUCCUCUAAUGCAGUAGAUUUCUUGUUCCUGACUGUGGCAAUCAAGAUUGAACCGAGACUUGAGCAACAUUGAAGAUUGUUAGAUAUAUAUGUAGGACAAACACGCAAUAUUACACAGAAUGAUAUGAGUUAAUUCAGACUACAAUUCACAGAUUAAUUUGAUGAUUUAUAUAUCUAUGAAAUGCAUAUUAUUAUAUGACACAACAUAUAAUACAUGGCACAAAUAUUUUUUGUAAUGUAAUAUAUAAUUGUUCGAAUGGCUAGCUUGGCAACCCAACAGCACGACUCACACUGGUCACAACUGUACCUGUCCUGUCUCUGAGCACUCACCAGCUCUUAAAUUCCAACAAUACAUAUAUAAUAACACUGUGUCAUUACCAAUGGGAAAAAAAUAACUAAUGGAAUUCUCAUUUUUAGAGAUACUUUAUAUUUAGAUUUAAUAGGAAAUUGGUUUUUGUCCUUUUUUUUUUUUUGAGAAAUAACUAAUAAAAACGAUCUAUUCAAUGGAGACGGGAGAGAGGGAAAAGGGAAGAAUUAAAAAGGGGAGAGUGGCCGUUGGAACGGCCUCAAAGGUCUUCCUGGACCUCUGUUUCUUUGGCUUUACAACUUAGAACAUUCAUAUUAACCUCCACAUUCUUCUCCCAAUUUCUCUCUCUCUCUGUCUCAUUUUCCUCAUUUUUCCCGGAAAAGAAUUUUUUUUUAAAAAAAAAGGGGAAGAGAAAUCCACCAUUUCCGGUCCCAACCCCCAUUUGCCUGCAAUUACCAUCCCCCCCACUUCCUCCAUCUCUCAGGUGACAUUCCCAUCAAUCCAAACGUUGGUAGUGUUGCAGGCCCCACCUAGUUAUCUUGGAAUUGUUCCGUUUGAAUUCCCGAUCCCGAAAGUGAUGUUGUUCUUCCCCUAAGCCUAUUGAUUCGGGACCUUUUCGUUUUUUGUUAUAUGGUACGGGUUUCAGAUCAUUGAAUUUAACUCAUUGAUCAUAAGACGAUGCAACACAACCUGUUUGCGACGAUGCGUAGCUUGAAGAUGGUAGACGGAUGCAAAGGCCCUCAAAUCUACACCCUCAACUCCGAGCCUACCUCCGGCAGUGGCAGCAGUGUCAGGGAGAAGCUCUUCCACCACCUCCAGGACCACCUGAAGGCCAACUCCAUCCGGGUGAAAUCUAGCCGGAACUAUGAUCCGCCAUCCAACCAAGCACGGCAUUUGUUGGCCGAGACUUUGCUCUCCUAUGGCCUCCCUGGCACUGAAAACCUCGAGCCCGAGAUAGAGUCGUGCCUCAAAUCUGUUGAUUUUGUUGAGACUCUUGCAGCUGCCUCCCGCCAUGUGGAGAGCUGCCCUCCAUCUGAAAAGUCGGGUGCAUAUCUCGAGCAAUGUGCUUUCUUUAUGGGGUUCCCUGAUCCGAAAAUGUUCCGGCGGAGCCUUCGAUCCGCUCGACAACAUGCCAUUGAUGUUCACACGAAGGUUAUGCUCUCGUCAUGGUUACGGUUCGAACGGAGAGAGGAUGAGCUCAUCGGGACAUCAUCCAUGGAUUGCUGUGGCCGAAACAUUGAGUGCCCUAGGGCUAACUUAGUGCACGGCUACAAUCCGGAAACGGCUUAUGAUUCUUGCAUGUGCUCCCGACCUCCUAGGGGUGAUGAGGACAUCUUGAUGGAGGAUGCGGAAUGCUCAACUUCCGAUGAUGAUAGCGACAUGUCGUUUUGUAUUGGCGAUGAUGAGGUGAGAUGCAUUAGGUACAAAAUGGCGUCGCUCUCUGGACCAUUUAAGACAAUGUUGUAUGGAGAUUUCAGGGAGUCCCGAAGGGAGAAGAUUAAUUUUUCACAUAAUGGGGUCUCGGUGGAUGCAAUGAAAGCGGCCGAGAUAUAUAGUCGGACAAGAAGGUUAACCUCAUUCGAUCCUCCCCUCGUCCUAGAGCUCCUCUCUUUCGCAAACAAGUUUUGUUGUGAGGAGAUGAAAUGCGCUUGUGAUUCCUAUCUGGCUUCUCUGGUGGACAACCUUGACAAUGCCUUGAUAUUGGUCGAGUACGGGCUAGAAGAGACCGGAUAUCUUCUAGUGGCAGCAUGCUUGCAGGUUGUAUUGAGGGAGCUGCCUAGUUCGACGCAGAACCCGAACGUGAUGAGGUUGUUCUGUAGUCCAGAGAGGAGGGAGAGGUUGGCUCUCGUAGGACAUUCCUCCUUCGCAUUGUACUAUCUCUUAAGUCAUAUUGCUAUGGAGAAUGACAUGAAAUCUAACAUGACUGUCAUGCUCCUAGAGAGGCUAAUCGAGUGUGCAGGCGAUCCGUGGCAAAAGCAGCUCGCUUAUCACCAGCUCGGGGUGGUGAUGCUCGAAAGGAAGGAGUACAAGGAUGCGCAGAAUUGGUUUGAGGCAGCGGUCGAGGCCGGGCAUCUCUAUUCAUUAGUGGGCGUCGCAAGGACCAAGUACAAGCGAGGGCACAAAUACUCAGCCUACAAGUUGAUGAACACUCUCAUUUCUGAUCACACGCCAACAGGGUGGAUGUAUCAGGAGAGAUCAUUGUAUUGCCUCGGGCACGAGAAGAUGAUGGAUUUGGAUAUGGCUACCGACUUAGACCCAACCCUUACUUACCCAUACAAGUAUCGGGCCGUCCUGAUGCUAGAGGAGAAUAAGCUUGGGGCUGCUAUCUCGGAGAUCAACAAGAUAAUUGGCUUCAAGGUUUCCCCCGAUUGCCUUGAGUUGCGUGCCUGGUUCUUGAUUGCCCUUGAGGACUACGAUGGGGCCUUGAGGGAUGUGCGCGCUCUGCUAUCACUGGAACCAAACUACAUGAUGUUCCACGGGAAAAUUCACGGGGAACAACUGGUUGAGCUUCUCCAGCCUCACGCACAGCAAUGGAGCCAGGCUGAUUGCUGGAUGCAGCUCUAUGACCGAUGGUCAAGUGUUGAUGAUAUCGGCUCGCUGGCGGUGGUGCACCACAUGCUGGAAAAAGAUCCUGGAAAGAGUCUGUUACGGUUUAGACAAUCGCUCCUACUUUUACGGUUAAAUUGUCAGAAAACAGCAAUGCAUAGCUUGCGGUUAGCUAGAAACUACUCAAACUUUGCACACGAACGGCUUGUCUAUGAAGGCUGGAUCCUAUACGAUACCGGUCACCGCGAGGAAGCCCUGGCCAAGGCUGAGGAAUCGAUCUCCAUCAAGAGAUCAUUUGAAGCCUACUUCCUCAAGGCGUACAUUCUGUCGGACUCAGCUUAUGAUUCGGAUUCAGAGGUUUCAUCUUCAAGCGUUAUCCAAUUGCUGGAGGAGGCCCUUAGGUGCCCUUCUGAUGGCCUUCGAAAGGGACAAGCUCUGAACAAUCUCGGGAGUAUAUAUGUAGACUGUGAGAAACUAGACAAAGCGGCCGAUUGUUACAUGAAUGCUCUCAACAUCAAACACACCCGGGCCCACCAAGGUUUGGCUCGAGUUUACCACCUGAAAAAUCAAACCAAGGCCGCUUACGAUGAGAUGACCAAGCUAAUCGAGAAAGCUCAGAACAAUGCAUCCGCAUACGAGAAGCGUUCCGAGUACUGUGACCGGGACAUGGCAAAGAGCGACCUCAGCAUCGCAACUCAGUUGGAUCCUCUCAGGACUUACCCUUAUAGAUACAGGGCAGCAGUUCUAAUGGACGACCACAAAGAAGCUGAGGCGAUCACCGAACUGUCGAGAGCGAUAGCUUUCAAGCCCGACCUGCAGUUACUGCAUCUCCGAGCAGCAUUUUACGAUUCAAUAGGCGACCUCGCGUCCACUAUUAGAGAUUGCGAGGCGGCGCUGUGCAUGGAGCCUGGGCAUGCCGAGACGCUCAAGCUGCGUAGUAAAUCCCAAGAACGGCUCAAAGAACGACAAACGAGGGAAAGUUAGGGCAUCCCAGCUAAUUGUGAAAAUAUGUCCUGUAUCUUUCUAUAUUGGGCAAAUUCCUUUUUUUUUUUUUUUUUUAUCCUGCCUAAUGUAUAUUUAAUGGCUCCAGGAGAGGCAUAUGAUAGGACAACAAAUUCAGUCAAAUAUGUUCUAUA